AUGGGAGACGAGGUUCAGGCUCUGGUUAUCGACAACGGUUCGGGCAUGUGCAAGGCCGGUUUUGCCGGUGAUGACGCCCCCCGCGCUGUGUUCCCCUCGAUCGUCGGUCGCCCGCGCCACACUGGCGUCAUGGUCGGCAUGGGCCAGAAGGACUCGUACGUCGGUGACGAGGCCCAGUCCAAGCGUGGUAUCCUCACCCUCAAGUACCCCAUCGAGCACGGCAUCGUGACCAACUGGGACGACAUGGAGAAGAUCUGGCACCACACCUUCUACAACGAGCUCCGCGUGGCCCCCGAGGAGCACCCCGUGCUGCUCACUGAGGCCCCGCUCAACCCCAAGGCCAACCGCGAGAAGAUGACCCAGAUCAUGUUCGAGACUUCAACACCCCCGCCAUGUACGUCGCCAUCCAGGCCGUGCUCUCGCUCUACGCCUCGGGCCGUACCACCGGCAUCGUGCUUGACUCCGGCGAUGCUUUUCCUCGUCUUCAUCCUCUGGCCUUUGAUCGUUUAUCCUCUGGUCCAGCGAUUCGACCUGGCGCGCGAAUGCCUUCUUCUUCUCCUGCUCCACAAGCUCGUCCACAUCCUUCUACAGCCUUAG